CGGCAGGUGGCAGCAGAGCGUUGCAAAAAAAAAAAAAAACGGAAGUAGACCGAUACCACCGAAGAAGAAGAAGCGCUAACAACAAUGGCGGCGCGCAGCGCGCCGAGGAGCUGAGCGGGGAAGGACAGUCCCGGUCUCCUGGUCUGGUCCCGGUCCUGGAUGCAGGGCAGCAGGCCGGUGGUGGAGGUGGUCCGUCUGGGCCUGGUCUCCUACCAGGAGGCUCUGCGGCUGCAGCAGGUCUAUGUGAACCGGCACCGGUCCGGUCCAGCUCACGCUCUGUUGCUGUGUCAGCACCCGCCGGUCUACACCACCGGCAUCCGCCACAAACCUUACCCCGCCCCGCUGCUGGACCGCCUCCGCCUGCUGGGAGCGGACGUCCACCGAACCAACCGAGGAGGACUCAUUACCUUCCACGGGCCGGGACAGCUGGUCUGCUACCCGGUCCUCAACCUGACCAGCUUCAAGAAGAGUGUUCGCUGGUACGUCUGCGAGCUGGAGAAGACCGUCAUCUCCGUCUGCGGCAGGUUUGGUAUAGAAGCGUCGACGUCUCCUCACACUGGAGUCUGGGUCGGAGACAGGAAGAUCUGCGCCAUCGGUACGACUUCUGCGCCCGGGGCCUCGUGCGGGAACACUUUCGUAACUCCUGCUUUAGGAAUCCACUGCGGUCGAUACGUCACGUCUCACGGCUUGGCUCUGAACUGCAACACCGACAUGUCGUGGUUCGGCCACAUCGUACCGUGCGGCAUCGAAGGUAAAGGAGUGACGUCGGUGAGCGCCGAGCUGCAGAGAGACGUCGGCGUGGAGGACGCCAUCCCUCACCUGCUGGACGCCUUCAGAGAUCAGUUCAACUGUCAGCUGACAGACGGACAAACACCUGAAACGGAUCCGGACAGUGGAGCAUCAUCAGCGUAGAAACUGACUUUAUAGAUUAAAACACGACACACGUUCUGUUUGAACACUGUGUGACAGAGAGGAUGCAUUCAGCUAAAUCUGUCUGAUUUACAUGUUUUGUCUUAUUAGCUAAAGAGCCCUUAAAGCCCUUUAAAAGUUUCCGAUUACCUUUAAAAAGCAGCUCUGAAUUCGUACCUUGAAAUUACCUUAAUUUUUAAUUUAAGGUUCAGAUUCAGUGUUGGCUUUGUUACUUGGUAAAUGUUGUUUUUGGGGAUAAUUAAAGGAUAAUUAUUUGGUUCUCAUAAGGGGUUUUCUUCACGUUAAGGGAUUUUAAACAGGUAAAACAUCCAAAAAAUCAUUAAAGCUAUCCCUCAUUUACACCUUAACAGCAAUAUCCCCUUAAAUUUCCAUAAGAAUACCCUGAUUACAUCAUCAUGAAUGGGUUAAUUAAUGGUAUUUUAAGGUAAAAGAUAAGGGAGUUUGACAGUGAUGAGAACAAAUAGCUCCAGUUCUAACUGCUGCUAAAACCACAAUGCAUCAUCUUUACAUUUCUGUUUCUACACCUGUUCAAUGAGCAACAUUAAAAUAUGGUUUCUACAGUCUGA